AUGUGCACUGGGAAGUGUUCAAAAUGCAUUGGGAUCACCCUCUUCCCACUGGCAGUAUGUGCCAUUGUCUCCAACAUUCUCCUGUACUUCCCCAAUGGACAAGUACUGCAGCUCAGCGAGAUAACUGAUUUGGUCUGGUUUUUCCACGGCAUUCUGGGAGCUGGGAUACUGGUUUUUUUGCCGGCAUUCAUGAUGCUGGGAGCGGGUGGAGCAGGAUGUUGCGCUAACAGAUGUGGGAUGCUGCUGUCAGUGAUCCUGUCUGUCAUGGGAUUCGCAGGAGGAGCAUAUUGUGUGGUCAUCUCUUUGUUGGGGCUGAUUGGGGGUCCUCUGUGUGACACAGGUGAUGGAGAAUACCUCUACCCUUUCAGGAAUGACACUCUGGAAGACAAUUAUUUGUUUAACCAGACAACAUGGAGUAUUUGCAAACAACCUGAAAACAUCAUCCUUUGGAAUAUUGUCCUUUUCUCUAUUCUCCUGGUCAUUGGUGUGAUUGAAGCUAUUCUUUGUUUCAUUCAAGUCAUCAACGGACUCACUGGCUUCAUUUGUGGCACAUGUAUGAGGAGAAGAAAGACAAAUAUUUCUGGAAUGUGA